AUGCCGAGUACUAUCCUUCCCUCUAUUCCUCGCCUCCAAAGACUUCCUGUGACGAAGGAAAAUUUGGAAUAUGCAGAUCUAGCGGUCAUUGACCUUUCUAACGCGCAUACCGCUGAAGGUCGCGCAGAACUCGCUCUUCAGAUGCGCGACGCGAUGUCUACUCAAGGAUUCUUCUACGUUGUGAAUCACGGCUUAACCCAAGCUCAGAACGAUCGCAUCUUUGACAUUGCGGAUGUCUCAUUCACCCAAGUCGGCGAUGACGAGAAGAAAAUAUACACUGGCGACUUCGAGAGUACCGGCAUAUACCUAGGCUACAAGCCUCGGCGGCAAUGGCAUAUCAACGGUGGGGUCCAUGAUCAGAUCGAGCAAUACAACAUGAAUCGAGAUGUCACUGUCGACGAGCAUCCAAAGGUCCUUCGGCCGUUGCUCCCAGAGAUUGACGCAUUCAACCGCUUCUGCCAUUUCGAAGUGCUCUUCCCCAUCCUGAGGCUUUUGGCACUCGGACUAGAGCUUCCGGAAGACACAUUUGUAAAUAUGCAUGGCUUCGAAGACAAUAACGAGACUGCUGUACGCUUCAUGAAAUACUUCCCCCUCUCAGACGACGAAGAAGUAAAGACGCAAGGUGUGUGGCUGAAGGGCCAUACCGACAUCGGAAGCGUGUCAAUUCUUUGGAGCCAGCCGAUUUCUGCACUACAAAUACUCUCGCCUGACGGCAAGUGGCGUUGGAUCCGGCAUAUUGAUAACGCUCUGGUCAUCAACGCCGGGGACGUCAUGGAGUUCCUCUCAGGCGGCUUCUACAAGGCUACCAUUCACCGUGUCAUACAGCCUCCGGCGGACCAGCGCGGCUAUGCUCGCGUUGGCGUUUUCUACUUUGCAAAGGCUAAUGACGACACCAAGCUCAUUCCUUUCGCGGAGAGCCCUGUACUGCAAAAACAUGGGAUUAAUCGUCUGUGCCCAGACGACCAGGCACCGACAAUGGAGGAGUGGCGGAGGAGCCGCACGAGUGCGUAUGGUGUCACGGCGCUGGAGUUGAAAGACAACGGAAUCGAGGAGGAAGUCAUCAGAAAUGUUGUCGUCAAGCAUUACAACUAGGUAUCCUACUGAAUGUCAAUUUCAUGUACUUUAGUGUAUCACAAUGACUGUCAUUUCGUACUCCCAGA